AUGCAGUUCUCAACCGUUUCCAACAUCAUACUCGCCUCACUCAUCGGCCAGGUUCUGGCAGGUCCAGUCUCUCGGGCCAGCAAGGCGGGAAAGGCGUGCACGGCGCAGAUCGAUGGGUUUGACAGCAAAGGAACCUGCAACAACCUAGGAGAAUGCUCCAUUGACAUCCCGCCCAACAUUACAAGCAACGUACCCAGCGACGAUUGCAAGUAA